UGUGCAACGUAUCGAUGUAUCAAUAUUUUCUACCAUCCCUAAUGCAAGCCGAAGCCGUCAAAUUGCGCUAAUUUUGUGUAAAAAAUUUUCAAGUUUGGUAGAAAAAACACAAAAUUGCAAGUAGUUUUAGCUGUUUAAGACAGCAAAGGCAAUACGAAGUGAGCAUAUUUUUUUUGCACAGACGCAAGCAGCGUGUACAUCGUAGGUAGAAGCAGAGAGGCAAAAAGGAGAAACGGCGAUAGAUUUUACAAAAGCGACAAGCAACAGUAGGUGCAAAACCCACGAUGUCUGGAAUUGCAAUAACACGUUUGGGCGAGGAGCGUAAGGCUUGGCGUAAAGAUCAUCCGUUUGGGUUUGUGGCACGGCCAGCUAAGAAUCCCGAUGGCACACUGAAUCUCAUGAUCUGGGAGUGCGCCAUUCCCGGAAAGAAAUCGACCCCCUGGGAGGGUGGCUUGUACAAGCUACGCAUGAUCUUUAAGGAUGACUAUCCAACCUCGCCACCGAAAUGCAAAUUUGAGCCGCCACUUUUCCAUCCCAAUGUCUAUCCAUCAGGCACCGUAUGCCUCUCGCUGCUGGACGAGGAGAAGGACUGGCGUCCUGCCAUUACAAUCAAACAGAUUCUUUUGGGCAUUCAGGAUUUGCUAAACGAGCCCAACAUCAAGGAUCCAGCACAGGCGGAGGCAUACACCAUCUACUGUCAGAAUCGAUUGGAAUACGAGAAACGCGUACGUGCUCAGGCGCGUGCCAUGGCUGCCACCGAAUAGAGUGUAACCCACAACAAGAAAACAGGCAUCAACAGAGAAUACCGCUACUCUCUAAGAAAGCACACAUACACUUACACAAA